AUGGAAAGAUACAAUCAGAUGGUGAAUGACAUCACCAAUUUCACUCAAGCUGAGGGUGAAACUAUAUGUGCAGCAUGGAACCGAUUUAAAGAUAUAAUGAGGAGAUGUCGUCAUUAUCCCGUGACCAAUGGUGAUCAGGUCCGAAUCUUCUUUAACGGUUGCAAACCUGAAAUCCGGAUGGUGCUGAAUGGUGCAGCAGGUGGAAGUAUUAAAUCAAUGAGAACAAAUGAGACUCUUGAGUUGAUUGAAAGAAUGGCUGCCAACGAAAAUGAAGGGUUGACAGCCAAGCCUAAGAGAGGUAUUAUUCACUUAGACAACAAUGAUGCGGUAUUGGCUGAAAAUAAAUUGUUAUCACAACAAAAGGCGAAUUUGACAUCGAGGCUUGAUAAGAUGCAGCUCUCUAGUGUCCAAGCUCAAGCUGCUUCAGUUGUUUGCGAGUACUGCAAGGACAAUCAUGAAUCUAAUGAAUGUCCUUCCUUGUUAUCUGCCGAUCCUUCCCAACAAGUGCAUGUAAAUGGCGUGUGGUAUGAUCAGAGACCCCCACCACAAAAUGUUCCAAGGAAUCAGAAUUUUCCUUCUGGAAACAAUAACUUCCAAAGGAGGGUGCAGGGUACUGAUCUUGAUUUCAAGUCCAAUAAUUAUUUACAACCACCACCAGUUCAGCCUAUGGAACCUUCUGAUUUAGAGAAGCUAGUGGGACAGAUGGCCCAACAUUCUAAUGCUUUUAUGGAAGAGACUCGGGCAAACACCAGGAAUACACAGGCUUCUAUCAGAAAUUUGGAGAAUCAAAUUGGCCAGAUAGCUAAACAAAUGGCUAAAAGAGCUCCAGCUCCAACAAAGCCAAACACAAAUGUGGAAGCUAAUGAAAAGGUUAAGGAGCCAGAAAAAGAGGUGGUGAUUCCUUCUGAUGUUGAGAAACCUGUUCAGAAAGGUAAAGAAGAGGAGCUACCAAUUAUUGCUGAAAAGAAAAAAUUUGAGCUGAAUCCGGAAUAUGUGAGAGCUAUGGCACCUUAUCCAGAACGAUUCAAGAAAGAUGCUCAAAAGCAGCAAUAUGCAAGAUUUCUUGAUAUCUUCAAGAAGUUGCAUGUAAACAUACCUUUUAUUAAAGCUUUGGCUAACAUGCCCAAUUAUGCCAAGUUUAUGAAGGACUUGUUAUCAAGAAAACAUAAGCUACAAGAAUGCCAGACGGUGACACUCACUGAGGAGUGGAGAUUCAACAUUCCAAUUGCUAUUGGUGAUACUGAUGUCGGCAAAGCCUUGUGUGAUCUUGGGGCAAGCAUAAAUCUGAUGCCCUUGUCCGUGUAUAAAUCGUUGGGGAUAUCUGAGCUUAAACCUACUAAGGUUUCCUUGCAACUCGCUGACAAAUCUUUUAGGAAACCUAGUGGUAUAAUUGAAGAUGUUCUUGUGAAAGUGGACAAGUUCAUCUUUCCGGCAGAUUUUAUGGUGUUGGACAUGAAAGGGGGAACUGAGAUGCCUCUUUCACUGGAGUUGAAGGAGCUUCCUGAAACUCUGCAAUAUACCUUCUUGGGUAAUAAGGAGGCGGUGAUUGAAGUAUUGAAGGAACAUGAGACUGCCAUAGGGUGGUCUAUUUCUGAUUUGAAAGAUAAAGAUCCCUCUUCCUGUACCCACAAAAUUCUUAAUAAGGAUGAUGACAAAAAUAUGAGGAAACCUCAAGGGAGGUAUCAUUCUACAAUGAAGAAGGUAAUGAGAAAAGAAGUGGUGAAACUCUUUGAUACUGGUUGGAGGAUGUGUGCGGAUCACCGGAAGUUGAAGGCCACAAAAAGGAGAAUCUUUGACAAGAGACACCGAGACUCUAUCUCUCAGAAAAACCAAUACUUCAAAGAGUUCCUCACAUGGCUUCAUGGUUUGAACGAAAUCUGGGAAUAA